AUGGGAUCAAACGAGCCUGUUCCAACAAAAUCGUCUCCUAAAGUCCCCAGUGCUGAUGUUGCUCAAAGUCAGAAGAUCGCAGUUAAAGAAGAAACGAAAAAAGAUGAAGCUGUAGAAUCAAAAGCAGAAGGAGAAUCGAAAGAAGGAGAUAAAAAAGAAGGAGGUGGAAGUGGAGAUGCUGCGAAGGAGAACUCUCUGAAACCAUUCCCCAAAUUCGAGAUGCCAACUGAAAGCAAGAAAAACAAGAAGUUGGCAGAAAAUGAGAAGGAUAAAAAGGAGAAAAUGAAGAAUGGAUUCUAUCAAGAGAAAUCGGAUGAAGAUGAUACUUUGGAGAAAGUGGAUAGUUUGCAUGUUGAGCAAUCGGAAAAGACGAAGCGGUCCCAGAAGAAAAAGAAUAAGAAGAAGACAUAG